UCUCCUCUCUUCCCUUUUGAUUUUUUCUCUUUUUCUCCCUCACUUCUCAAUCUCAUCAACAAAAAGAAAGACCCAUGGAAUUUGUAUAAAAAACAACACUCUAUUUUCUCAUUCCUUUUCAAUUCCAAUCAAGAAACUCUGCCAUUAUUAUUGUUGUCAAAAUCCGAUAGUAAACACGACGGAUCUGAGAUGUUUAGCAACACAUCAAAAGGAGAAAACGAUUCUCACGGUGGAGGAAUGAACAUAAACACACACAGCUUGGUAAAAAACCCACCGGAUUCGCUAAGAAGAAUCGAUCAAAUAUCGAAAAACGGCGUGAGUUCUCAAACGAACAACUCGGAGACGAUUACGCCGAUUCCGAAUAUGACAACAAACAUGAAGAACAACAACCAAAACAAUGGCAGCAACAAUAACAGUAAUAGUAGUUUCAUGGGGGGAAAGGGGCCGGGAGGAAAUAAUAAUUACCGUUGCGACAGCAUGGAGACGUCAGGGGUGGUGAUAAAGCCGCACACGGGGGGAGACGUGCGGUGGGAUGCGAUAAACAUGGUGUCGAAAGGAGGGGCGUUGAAUUUAAGUCAUUUUCAGUUGUUGAAGAGGCUUGGAUAUGGCGACAUUGGUAGUGUAUAUUUGGUGGAAUUGAGAGGGACAGAUACGUUUUUUGCGAUGAAAGUGAUGGAUAAAGCUUCAUUGGCGAGUAGGAAUAAGUUACUGAGGGCACAAACAGAAAGGGAAAUAUUAGGGUUAUUGGAUCAUCCAUUUUUGCCAACACUUUAUUCUUAUUUUGAAACUGAUAAGUUUUAUUGUUUGGUUAUGGAGUUUUGUAGUGGUGGUAAUCUUCAUUCUCUUCGUCAAAAGCAACCUAAUAAAUAUUUUACCGAAGAAGCUGCAAGGUUCUAUGCAUCAGAGGUUCUAUUAGCACUAGAAUACCUUCACAUGUUAGGCAUAGUCUAUAGGGAUUUGAAACCCGAAAAUCUCUUAAUCCGAGACGAAGGUCACAUCAUGCUCUCCGAUUUCGACCUCUCUCUCCGCUGCUCCGUCAGUCCCACUCUCGUUAAAUCCUCCUCCGUCAACGUAAACACCACCUCCACCACCGCCAACAACACCACCAACGCUGGACCAUCCGGCGCCGGCAUACUCGACGACGAAUUCGUCGUCCACGGCUGUAUGCAACCUUCCAAUUUCCUCCCUCGCAUCCUCCCUUCCAAGAAGAAUCGAAAAUCCAAAUCAGAUUUCGGCCUCUUCGUCGGCGGAUCCCUUCCCGAACUCAUGGCCGAACCUACUAACGUCAGAUCCAUGUCCUUCGUCGGCACACACGAGUAUCUCGCUCCGGAGAUCAUCCAAGGCGAAGGUCACGGGAGCGCCGUCGAUUGGUGGACCUUCGGGAUCUUCCUCUACGAGCUUCUUCACGGAACUACUCCCUUCAAAGGAUCUGGAAACAGAGCUACUCUGUUCAAUGUCGUCGAACAACCGCUUAGAUUCCCUGAGGCGCCGCAAGUUAGUCUAGCUGCUCGGGAUCUGAUCAGAGGACUUCUUGUUAAGGAGCCGCAAAAGAGAAUUGCGUACCGGAGAGGUGCGACGGAGAUUAAACAGCAUCCGUUCUUCGAUGGAGUGAAUUGGGCGUUGGUUAGAAGUGCUAUGCCGCCGCAUGUCCCGGAACCGGUGGAUUUCACGCAGUUUGCUAGGAAGAGGAACGCGAGCGGAGCGAUAGAAGAUAAGAGAGCGGUGGAAGUAGCAGCGGCAGCGGCAGCGGCAACGUCAGCGGUUGCGGCGGCGGAGAAUUGUUCGGGUUCUACCGGGAGUGAUCCUAAUUACGUGGAUUUUGAGUACUUCUAGGGCACAAAAGCGAGGGAAGGGAAAAUUAAAUUGAUUUAUUUUAUAAUCUUUUUCAUCAGAUAUAUAUUCUUUUUUAAUUAAAUAGUUAUAAUAUAUUCUUUUCUUUUCUUUUCUUUUUUUUUUUUCACUUUUGUUCAGAGUUUAAUUAAGAGAGGUUUCUGUGUGUAUGUUUACCUAAUCCAUUCUUUGUGUAAUUAUUUUCACAAAUUAUAUAUAAUAUAUAUUAAAAUGACAACAUUU